AUGGAUAUGACAGGUGUAACUGAGGAUAAGAGGCAAGUGCCACCAAUGCUGCAGAAGAUACUACGCUAUGAUAUACAAAUCACAAAAAAAUUUGUAGAAGUAGCAUUAAGGACUACAGCCCUAAGAUCACUACGGAAUCAUGCAAAAUUUUUGGAGGUAUCCUGCCAUGGCAUUGUAUGGCUGGCUGGUUGGCUUAGUUUCAUAUGGUUGUUCAGUAACAAAGAAUUUUAUCAACUUCAAGUUAACAUGUUAAUAGCUCUUAUUUUGGAUAUUGUUGUUGUAGCUGUGGUAAAAGCAUUUGUGAGAAGACGACGACCUAUUCCCAUGAACAAAAUGUUAGCUGUAGGUCCUGACAAGUAUUCCUUCCCAUCAGGCCAUGCUAGCAGAGCCGUUCUAGUAGUCUUUAUGCUUACAUAUUUGAGUCCCGUAUCAUUUAUAUUUUUUCCACCAUUGCUAGCAUGGGCCUGUGCUGUAUCAAUUUCUAGAGUUUUGCUUGAGAGACAUUACAUUUUGGAUGUAUUGGGAGGAAUUGGGAUUGGAAUAUUAGAAGGCGUUUUAUCCUCCGUCUGUAAUUUUUAUUACUUAUUUACCGUUAAAAUGAGGAAGCUGAAAGGGGCGGUAAAAGAAACUGCAAAGCAGAAACGAGAGAGGAAACAAGAAUUUGCAAAGAUGCGCCAGCAAAUUUAUACGAUAGUUUUGCCGACUUUUGCAGUUAUUUUCUUACUAAUUUGUACCUACGUUUACCUCAAAACGAGACCAUCGUCUAUGCAGUACGCGUAA